CAUACGGUACAAAUUUCUCACCUCUUCGAUAAAAAAACACCCUUGCUCUCAAGUUUCAGAAUGUAUAUCACAUUUGUCGCAGUUUUACUGACAAUGCAUUGGGGAUUAGGCGAAAAGGUGUCUCCAAAACCAGGCCUGAAAUUAUUCAGAGAGGAUUAUAAAAGCGUUGAAGAAACAUGUCUCGCUGUUGGAUUUGUGAGGAAUAACUGUAGAAAUGAGACAAAGACAAGUAAUAGAAUAGUUGCUUUUGACGUUCGGCUUAAGAGUCAAAAAAGAAAUCUCGCCACCAAAACAAAGGUUAUAUUUGAGACAGUUGAUCUGAACGAAGGUCUUGGAUAUGACGCUUCUACCGGAAUUUUCACUGCCCCCAGUGGCGGGUUGUACGUGUUCGACUGGACAAUUAUGGCAUAUGAGAAUCAAUAUGCCCACACGUCACUCUUUGUUAAUGACCAGGAAAAGUCAUGGAAUCACUGUUAUGGUGGGACUACAAAAGCUUGGCUUCAUUGCACCAAAAUGACGAUAGUGAGACUAAAACAAGGAGAUAAGGCUUGGAUUGGAGUUUUCUCGGGAACAGCUAAUAUUUUUGAGACGUAUACGUCUUUUUCUGGAUAUAAAAGGUAAUCAAGGCACUUAUUCAAGAGUGUUUAGAAGAUAUUAGCUAGGAAUCAGGAAAAUUCUAAUUAAGUAUUGUUUCAAAACACGAACGGUACCUGUUUGGUUGAAAUAUUUGAAUAAACAUCUGAUAAUUU